GGGCGGGUCGGCUUCCGGGCGGGUGAGGAGCUGCAGAAGUCAGCCCGGUGACAGGUAGGCUCAGAGGCUGUGAGGGAAGCCGCCGGGAACAGGGAGAAUAAGAAUCAUAGAGGUUUCUCUGUGGAAGUCUUGGUGUACAUUUUUAUUAAGAAAAAAAAUGACUACUCUUACAAGUUUAGAAACCAAAGUUACCCUGACUUCAACCCCAAUCCGAGGAGCAGGAGAUGGAAUGGAAACCGAGGAGCCACCUAAGUCUGUUGAAGUCACCCCUGGAGUCCAAUCCAUAAAGCAUCACAUUCUUCAGAGUCCACGAAAGAAAGCAGUUCCCUCAGAGAGUCCAGGAGUUCUUCAGCUGGGGAAGAUUCUCACUGAAAAAGCAGUGGAAAUUGAAGCUGUACGAAUAUUUGUUCCCAAAGCUGCUAUAACUCAUGAUAUCCCCAACAAAAAUGCAAAAGUUAAGUCUCUGGGAUAUCAUAAAGGAGAAUUCCUUGGUCAUUCAGAGGGAGUUAAAGAACCUAGAAAGGAACUCUCAGAGGUAAAAAAUAUAUUGGAAAAGCUCAAGAACUCUGAAAGGAGGUUACUACAGGACAAAGAAGGUCUUUCAAACCAGCUCCGGGUGCAGACAGAGGUUAAUCGUGAGUUAAAAAAGUUGCUGGUGGCUUCUGUUGGGGAUGAUCUUCAGUAUCACUUUGAACGUCUAGCCCGUGAGAAGAAUCAACUUAUUUUAGAAAAUGAAGCCCUUAGUCGAAACACAGCUCAGCUCUCGGAACAGUUAGAACGUAUGUCAAUACAGUGUGAUGUGUGGCGGAGUAAAUUCCUCGCAAGCAGGGUAAUGGCAGAUGAGUUAACCAACUCCAAAGCAACUUUACAGCGUCAAAACCGUGAUGCACAAAGUGCUAUACAAGAUCUUCUGAAUGAACGGGAACAGUUUCGUCAGGAAAUGAUAGCUACCCAGAAAUUUUUGGAGGAGCUCUUGAUUUCCUUGCAGUGGGGAAGAAAGCAGACUUACUCCCCUAGUGCCCAGCCUCACAGCACAGCAGAACUGGCAUUAACAAAUCACAAGUUGGCGAAAGCAGUACAUUCUCAUCUCCUGGGAAAUGUUGGCAUCAGCGAUCAAAAGAAGAUUCCAUCAACAGUUGAAUUCUGCAGCACUCCAGCUGAGAAGAUGGCUGAAAAGGUUCUACGCAUUCUGGAUCCAAUUACCUGUACUGAAAGCUCUGCUGACAGUCCGUUUUCUGAGUCUUCAACAGCCACAUUACUUGCUACAAAGAAAAAUAUUGGGCGAUUUCAUCCAUAUACUAGAUAUGAGAAUAUAACUUUCAAUUGCUGCAAUCACUGCCAGGGAGAACUCAUUGCCCUUUAACAUUCAGUGUCGGAGACAUGUCUAUACCGAAGAGUCGUUAUUAUUUGGGAGCUUGGGUUCAUAUCCUCUUUCUAUAAUGUGUAUCCACAGAGAUUGUUUCAUGUACUGGACUCCAGGUUACCCUGUUUUAAUAAAUAUCUCAGGUAAGAAAAGAAUGAAACUGUCUUCAUAUAUUUAGAGUAGAGAAUGCUUUCCAGACAGCGCUCAAUGUUUAUGCUAACAGACUAAAUUUAUAAUUUUAUGCCAUAAAUUCUUAUUUAUCUUACUAGAUAUUUUAUAUGACCUAGUUUCAUUUUUGUACACUAAAUUCAAAAACAACCAUGAGUCAAAUAUGGCCACACUUACACUACUGUAUAACCUAUAUCUGCAUUGCAACAGCGAAGCUGAUUAGAUAUAGCAAUGCUUAUUUGGCCUUCAAAGCCUCAAAAAAGUUUUCUGACCCCUAUUCUCCUCACUUUAAGGGAAUAGCUGAGGGGGUAAGCAAUAGGUGGUGGUCCCUUUAUGGAAACUUUUUCGGCUACAAAAUAGGUUUACGGAAAUACUGAGGGUGAAAGGGUUAAUCUUUCAAAAGUAAAUGCUACAAAGAAAAUAAAUAUUUUAGUGCAUAUUAGUAAGUACUUCAACAAAAUGUGAUCUCAAGUUGGUUCUUUAAAAGGGACUCUGUAUUUUGUAUAGAUACAAUCUGAUAUAUAUGUGUGUGUGUGUGUGUGUGUGUGUGUGUGUGUGUAUGAAUGAAACAGAUUCUUAGCCAUUGAUUCAUUAUGGCAAACAUCUCAAAAGAGGAAUAUUUAUAUUCCUGAAUAUUUAUAGUGUACAGUAGAAAUGUAGGAUCAGGAAUAUUGUAUAAACUCAAAAGUGCAAUCCAUCAAUUAAUAUAUAUUUUGUAAUAUAAAUUUAUUAUAUGGUGAAACAUCAUGAAAUGCCCUUUUAUUGGCCUUUUGAAAUAUUCACAAAGUAUUUAUGCUGAACUAUACAAACUAAAGUAGCUACCAGAGAAAUCUUCAAAAGACAAAUCUACUCAAAUAGUUAUAAUAUUUUAAUGUUAUCUUAAAGAUUUUUUGUGGUCUAACUCAUACAAUAAACUUUUCUACUUCCUU